GUCCAGCUCAGCAGCUCAGAAGGCACAUUGCAAGUAUGGCCGGAGACAGUGAGGUUCAUCCAGAGGACCGUGGCGAGAAAACCAACGUUAUUCGCCAACCUUUUCUCAUCGGGGUCUCCGGCGGCACUGCCAGUGGGAAGUCGUCAGUAUGUGAGAAAAUUAUGGAGCUGCUGGGGCAGAACAAGAUCGACCACCACCAGCGGCAGGUGGCCAUUCUCAGCCAGGACAGCUUCUACAAGGUGCUGACUCCAGAGCAGAAAGCCAAGGCAGGAAAGGGCCAGUUCAACUUUGAUCAUCCAGAUGCCUUUGACAAUGAGCUCAUCAUGCAAACACUCAGACAGAUCCUGCAGGGGAAGACUGUUCAGAUACCUCUCUAUGACUUUGUCACUCAUUCCAGGAAAGAGGAGUUUGUUACGGUGUAUCCGGCUGAUGUGGUCCUGUUUGAGGGUAUCCUCAUGUUCUACUCACAGGAAAUCAGAGAUCUGUUCCAGAUGAAGCUGUUUGUUGACACAGAUCCAGACACACGGCUCUCACGCCGAGUUUUAAGAGACAUCAGUGAGCGUGGAAGAGAGCUCGAGCAAGUGCUGGCUCAGUACAUUACCUUUGUGAAACCGGCUUUCGAGGAGUUCUGUUUACCAACAAAGAAGUAUGCAGAUGUGAUUAUUCCACGAGGAGCAGAUAACCUCGUGGCCAUCAACUUGAUAGUACAGCACAUCCAAGACAUUUUGAACGGCGGUCUUAGCAAGCAUCACAAUGGCUGCAUGAACGGCCACAGUACUCACCGUCAGCGGCGGACCUCAGAGUCCAGCAGCCGACCUCAUUGACUUCGUCACCCCUCUCUUCACAGGCCGGAGAAGGGUGUGGUGGUUGCGCUGUAAAUAAUGCCUGUUGGAAUCACUGUAUUUAAGAGAGGGAAAAAAAAAAGAUGCAAAAAGAAUUGAAAUGCCUUUUAUUAUUAUUAUUAUUAUUAUUAUUAUUAUUAUUAUAACAACUACUCUUGUUAUUAGUUACUUUCAUUGUUGAACAAGGAAUCCAGAUUUUUGUCAGGAGGGCAGACCAGAAGUUGUUAUUCUUGUGAUGAGACCAUGGGUUAAAAAUGACCCCAUGUAUUUUUCCCUCCCACAAUGCAUUGUUGUUGGUUUUUUUUUUUUUUCUUUUCUUUUUUCUUUGUUUUCCUUGCUGCUCCAUGUAAAUUCAUGCCGACAACAAAUAAAAGAGGGGAAACCUUUUUUAUUUUUUAAUGUCAGAUAAAACUUGAAUCCCUGAUUGUUGGGGAGUCUGAUAAAUGUUUGGGUGGUUUCCAAACGAGAAGGAUGUGGAUUGGAAGACGAGUUGAACAAACCAGGAUUGCACUCUGUGUUUGUGCGGACAAUCUUGGCAAUGUUUUCUACCCUUUUCUUUUCUGUUUAAGUUGUCUCAUUGUAUUGUUCAGUGUAAUGUGUUACACAAGAAGCCUGUUUACUACACUUAAGUGUCCAUCUCAUCAGUAGUUUAUGAUGUCUGCAGCAGCAGAAACACACUACCGUUUUUCAGUACAGAUCGUCACGUGUAGAAUUAUGUGACUGCCACAUCAGUGAAGCCAAAAGCUGGACGGUGUAAUUAAUGUAUUAACUGAAUCCAGUGUUGUUGGUAUUGCUAAAUUUUUGGGAUGUUUGCCCCCUCUAAUUAACAGCCUACUCAUGCGUAUUGACUGCUGCUGUCAAAACGUAUUAAUACAUCCACUGCUUUUAAUUACAGAGUUUUUGUAACAUGAAAAGCUAGUCAAAAUUUGGAUAUAUAAUUAACAAAAUUUUCCUGAUUUUUUUAUUUUUAUUUUUAGAGGUUUUGCCAGCAUUUGCAUGACAGAAUCAGCUAUGUUCAUUAAGAUUUAAGAUAUGAGGUGUACUCUCAGGUUGGUUAUACCAAUUUUAGUUUGAAACGCCGGGAAAAUAUGUGAUGAGGGUGCUCAAGGCCACAGCAAUAUCAGUUAAUCCAGGUGUGUGGCAAAUAACCACAAAAACCCACCGCAAUGCCUCUGCAAAGUUGCCUCAGGUUAGCAUGUACAGCAAGUAUCUGCACCAAAACCCAGUUUCCACUCAACAUAAGGUUACAAUAAAAAAAACUGUUGAAUCAAUUUAGUAUCCCAUGUGCUGUAUUUGUUGUGUAUAGUGCAAUUGAAUGAAUGAUUUGUACCAUGAGAUUUGUACAGUAUGGUUGUUGAAUUGGCUUGGUGGUUUUUUUUUUUGGAUGAUUUAUAUGACGUCCUCAGUUGAUAAAUGAUCAAUAAACCAAAACCGACCCAGAA